GACUAAGGUUUAGUGAAAAUGUAAACUUACCAAGUGUUGAUGAAAUGUUUCACGUUCAAUAUUUUGUUUUACCAAUUUUUGAAGUAAAAAGAUUGUAUACCGAAUAAUAGUGAAAGACAUAUGAAACGUGACGCUACCAUCAAGCAACUAUCGUUGUGAAGGAAAUAUGAUAUACUGAAGCUCAUUAAGGAUUUGUAUCUUAUCUGUUAAGCUAAAAUAUGGAUAUUCCAGCUGAUGACAACUUAGUUGGGUUGGAUUUUGAUGUGGAUUCUUCAGUUGUAAAGAAAAAGGAAAAAUGUAAAUCGUUGAAAGCUAAACAAUAUAGGUUAUCUCAUGACAUCAAAGUUUCAGCAAUAAAUAGGCGAAGCAAAAUUCCCCCACCGAUCUAUUCAUUUGGGAGCAAAUCCUGUCAAAUUAGUGAUCUGAUUUUACAUAACUUAUUCGAGCUAGGAUACAAAACUCCAACACCCAUACAAUCCCAAAGCAUUCCUAUCAUGAUACAGGUUAGUCUGUUGAUGUUGUUUCAUUUUUGCACACGUUUUCCGCUUCAUUUUUGUUGUAGCUAUAAACCAUUGUGUUUAGGGUGUGUAUACAUGCAUUACACUCGAGUAUUUCGUGUUUCUCUUGAAAAACUCGUAUUAAAAAUUAAUCAGUACACUAGUUAGAUAGUGCGAGUUAGUGUAACGUUUCUUGACCCUACUGGAUCCCAAUUCGCAUAUGGGUGAAGAACAGCACCGUAACCUACUUGCUUGUGCACCUACAGGUUCCGGGAAAACAGCAGCUUAUCUUCUCCCGGUGCUCAAUCAGUUGCUAAGUGCAAACACCUCUGAAAAUUCCAAGGUCAUAGACAAUAUAACUGAGGUGACAUCAUCUAAACAUAAAAUAUUCCCAUUUGCUGUGAUAUUGGCUCCAACUCAAGAACUAAUGCAUCAAAUUCGUUCUGAGGCUAUUAGGCUAUUUUCUGGGAUCCAAGCGGACUGUUAUAUAGCAGCGUUGCACAAAAAGCAUUAUUUUGUUCGCUGCAGAAAGAAGGCGAAGAACGUUUCUAAAAUUGAUGUUUUAUCAACGAAACCAAGAAAAGUUCGUGAAUUGAAAUUACCCUCAAGCACUAAAAUCCUCAUUUCUACCCCCAGUCGAUUAAGCACUCUAUUAUCUCUUCCAUCAGAACAUUGUCCCAUUGAUUUAUCCAGACUGUCUUGGCUUGUAGUAGAUGAAUGCGAUAAAAUGCUAGAAGUCAAUUUUAACGAUAUAUCUUUUUCUAACACUGAACAUGGUAACAAGACAAAAUACCGACCUCGAGGAUUUCAUAAUCAGGUUGCGCCUAUUUUUGAAUUUAUUCAGAAAGUAAACCUCACCGGGCAAUCAAUUAGGAGACCUUCAGUCGCUUUAUUUUCAGCUACUGUUCCUGAUGAAGUUGUUUCAUGGGCACGAAAUCAGCUACCUGUCCUCUUAAAAUUAGACAGUUCGGAGUACGAGUUAAUUCAGUUACGAGUAGGUAUCCGAAAUGCUGCUGUUUCUACUGUCAAACAAGAGUUACGUUAUUGUGCUACAGAACAGGGGAAAUUGUUGGAGAUGCGUUAUCUAUUGGCUAAUGGACUAGCUUAUCCAUGUUUAAUUUUUAUGCAGUCUCGAGAUAGAGCCAAUGAAAUUCUUAAGGAGAUUCUAUUGUCUGAUGCAGAUAUUCUUGCAAAUGUUAUUUCAAGUGACAAAACAGAAGCACAACGUGCCAGUGUGGUUCGCGCUUUCCGUGAGGGACAGCUUCAUGUUCUUAUCUGUACGGAUCUAUUGGGUCGUGGAAUAGACUUUAAAGGUGUCAGUAUGGUAGUCAAUUACGAUGUUCCUCCGUUAAAACAAGAAUAUAUACAUCGCGUUGGUCGAACUGGCCGAGCUGGUCACCAUGGACGGGCUAUUACCUUAUGGACUGACUCUGACCUCCCGCAUAUGGAUGGGAUAUUAUCUGUGAUGAAAAGAAGUGGUUCUGAAGUCGAUGAAGAACUAGAAAGACUUGUAAAUGAAUGGAAGAAAAGGCGGGUAAAUCUUAUGCGUAAACAAUCAAAAGCUGAAAGGAAACAACUCUUAGACGGUUCGAUUAGUCGUCGACGUGGUGAAAGACGCCUUGCUUAUAAGGUGCUUAAGAACUGCAACAAAGAAAAGAAUGCUGAAAAUAUUGACAUUAAUGAUAAGAGCUCGUGGUUUAGACCAUGGAAUCCUCACAGAGGUCGUAUAAGUGAAGUACCUGGUGCGCUAAGCAAAAAACGCAAGAUUGAAUGAUAGAUUUGUAAUUUGAAAUUACUUUCCUUAGUAAUCCUAUUCAAAGAUAAAUUUUCCAUAAACU